GAAAAGCAUUAUCUAACAUUUAGCAUGUAGUUCUGUCCGAGGACAAAUGAGAAAGAAGCUGCAUCAUUAGGACCUAAAAGGCAACAAAACAAAAAUCAGAGCAUAAUGAUGCACCUAAAUGAAGGGGGAAAUGUUGCACAGCUCAUUUUAUUAAUCAGACUGUCAAUUUCGCCCCAGAGGCCAAACCCCAGAGCAAUUCAAGCAGGAUCUGAUCAAGCUAAGGACAAGAGCUUUACUCCUCACUUCUUGUCUUUCUUUCUUUCCACCUGGAUAUAUUUGUCUGCUCAGAAGCCGCCUUCAUUAUCCACUGACAGGAGCUUGUAUUUAUUUGCUUAUAAACCUGUUACAAUAAAUGAUUAUUCGAACAGCGUCAUUCGUACCUUAAUGACGAGCACUACUUUUUGAUGAAUGACAUUUCGGGCUAGAAAGGAUGUAUGGGUCAUUUUGACCAGUCAUUCCCUCGCUUUGGCAUCCCACAAUUUUUACGCCUCCCUCAAAAAGAGAUAAUAAUAUUUAGAGACACUUGCCGGGCUGAAUGUGAAUUAGCCCCUGCUGCAGCUCAUCAUUAGUACAGGACCAGCCCUGCAACUUUGACAUUUUUUAUAAAGCUGAGAUGAUGGAAAGAAUAAGAAAAGAGAUGAUCCUGAUGGAGAGAGGGCUACACAGCCCUACAGCUGGCAAAAGGCUCUCGAAUUUGUCAGACUCAGCUGGAAAUGCGGUGCUGGAGGCCCUCGAAAAUUCUCCGCACAGUGGCCGCCUCAGCCCGAGACUGACUUCCGCCUCUCUGCACGGCGCUGUCGGGGACAUCUCCGCCAAAGGCAAAUUCGAAAUAGACACCUUGUUCAGCCUCCAGCACCCGAGCAGCGAGAGCAGCGUCUCGUCCGAAAUCCCGCCGUCGGAGAGCAGGAAGAAAAUCAGCCUUUAUCCCGAAGUUGCUCCGGAGGCAGAUAUGAACAGUGAUGUGGAGGUGGGCUGCUCCGCACUCCGCUCCCCAGCUAGCCUGACUCCCUCCCAGCUGAAGGAAAACAGUAACAAAGGCUACGCGGAGAGCAGCGCGGCGCCCAGCACCGCCGCCGCCGGCCUGCACGGCCCCGGCCCCCUGGGCGGCUCGGGCUCGGGCGCCGACCAGGUGCGGCGGUACCGCACCGCCUUCACCCGCGAGCAGAUCGCCCGCCUGGAGAAGGAGUUUUACCGCGAGAACUACGUGUCGCGGCCGCGGCGCUGCGAGCUCGCCGCCGCCCUCAACCUGCCCGAGACCACCAUCAAGGUGUGGUUCCAGAACCGGCGCAUGAAGGACAAGCGGCAGCGCCUGGCCAUGUCCUGGCCGCACCCGGCCGACCCCAGCUUCUACACCUACAUGAUGACCCACGCGGCGGCCACGGGCAGCCUGCCCUACCCCUUCCACUCCCACGUCCCGCUCCACUACUACCCGCACGUCGGGGUCACCGCCGCCGCCGCCGCCGCCGCCGCCUCGGGCGCCGCCGCCUCGCCCUUCGCCGCCUCCAUCCGCCCGCUGGACACCUUCCGCGCCCUCUCGCACCCCUACUCGCGCCCCGAGCUGCUCUGCAGCUUCCGCCACCCCGGCCUCUACCAGGCCCCCGCCGCCGCCGCCGCCGCCGCCGGCCUCAACAGCAGCGCGGCCGCCUCGGCGGCGGCGGCGGCGGCGGCGGCGGCGGCGGGCUCGGCGCCGGGGGGCGGCUCGGCGCCCUGCUCCUGCCUCAGCUGCCACAGCAGCCAGACGGCGGCGGCGGCGGCGGCGGCGGCGGCCUCGGCGCUGGGCUCGCGGGGCGCCGCCGCCGCCGACUUCCCCUGCACGGCGGCCGCGCAGCGCCCCGAGAGCGGCUUCCUGCCCUACUCGGCCGCCGUGCUGGGCAAGGCCGCCGUGGCCUCGCCCGACCAGCGGGAGGAGGCGCCGCUGCCCAGAUAA